ACACACACACACACACACACACACAAAGAAAAAGCAUGAUUUACUCAGAUCAGGUGGACGAGAUGCCUAUGGCCAGCAUGGAAUCUACCGGAGUCUGACCUAACUGUUAAGCUGCUGGUGAAGAGCUCUGUAGGCUUCUUCCAGGUUCAGUUCCAGAGCUUGGUGUGGCUGGGCCUGCAGGUGGGCAUCAGGGAACCCUCUCAGCCAGAUCAACAGGAAGUGGGAACAGAGGAGCCAGGCAGGCUGGGUCUGUGUGUGCUCAACACUGGGAGUAGAGAAUGACGGGAAUGUUUAUCCUUUGUUGUUUACAACAUUGAGCUACCCACAGGGCUUUUCUUCUUGAAGAAUAGAAGAGUGGUUCCGCAAUUAUUGCUGAACAUGCUUUUAUGCUUUUAUGCUUUUUUCCUAGCUGGUUGAAAAAACAAACUUUUUUUGGAGAAAAUGUUAAGAGCCUCUAAAAAUAAAAAUGUGGCCAUUUUUAAGUGUCAUUCUUAGGGGUUGUCUAGUUUCUUAUAUAAAGUUGUUGGCAGGAACAGGACUGGGAGGAAUAGUGCCAGGAGUAGCAGAGGUGAAUUUCAACAGAGCUGGCAUCAAAAAGUCUCCAAUGUGUCAAUCUUUAGAAUUAAUAUGGCUUAAGGAGCUCAUGUGAAGAACAAAGAAAUGUUUUAUAAUGUUUAGUGUGUUAUCAAAAAUAUGAGCCUAUGCUCACAUGUAAAAGCUGUCGGGGGGCUGACUGGUUGGUGGGCUGCUAUCUAACAGCUAAGGUGUGAGUUUUGGUUCUGCUGCUGGUCAGCUAGAGAAAUGAACUUUUCUCCAAUGGCUAGUUUCCCCAUCUAGAAAAUGGGGUUGUAUUAGUUUCAUUACUUUUCUUCCAAGGAGAUUAUCAGGAUGAUAUCAUUUUCUAAAAGUAUCUGUCACAUGCCUUGACACUUACUAGGCAUUAGUACAGGCUAAUGAUUUGGAUUAGCCAUUGUUUAUGGGACAUUUGCCACCUGCUAGGCAUUUAGGAGAAAAGGAUUAAUACAAAACAUCUGGUUAUGGAGUCAGUAGCUUUUCCUUUCCUGGCUCUCAAAUGUCAGUGUGGCUUCAAGUCAAAUUGGAGGAUUCUUGUUUAAAUGCGCACUCAGGACCAAGUAGAGGCUCAGGAGUGUAUGUGUUGGAAGUUCCCACUUGGUACUGACCCUUGAACUUCUUGUAUCACCUGUUCUUGAACAGUAUCUGAAUUUCUGCUUCUCAGCAGGGCACCUUAAAGGAAAUUUUAGACCAAGACUCUCUCUUUAGAGUUCCCUACUGCCUUUUAUCUCAAGAGACAAGAUGACACCAAGUACAAAAUCCCAAGAAAGAAAUGGCCAGCUAGCCAUGAGAGGGUACCUUGUGGUCAUAUUUCUGAGUGCUGUAUUCCUCUAUUAUGUGCUACACUGUAUAUUAUGGGGAACAAACGCCUACUGGGUUCCACCUGUGGAAAUGAAGCGGCGAAAUAAGAUCCAGCCUUGUUUAUCAAAGCCAGCUUUCGCCUCUCUCCUGAGGUUUCAUCAGUUUCACCCUUUUCUGUGUGCUGCUGAUUUUAAAAAGAUUGCUUCCAUGUAUGGUAGCGAUAAGUUUGAUUUGCCCUAUGGGAUAAGAACAACAGCGGAAUAUUUUCGACUUGCUCUUUCAAAACUGCAGAGUUGUGAUCUCUUUGAUGAGUUUGACAAUGUGCCAUGUAAAAAGUGUGUGGUGGUUGGUAAUGGAGGAAUUUUGAAGAAUAAGACGUUAGGAGAAAAAAUCGACUCCUAUGAUGUAAUAAUAAGAAUGAAUAAUGGCCCUGUUUUAGGGCAUGAAGAAGAAGUUGGGAGAAGAACAACCUUCCGACUUUUUUAUCCAGAAUCUGUUUUUUCAGAUCCCAGUCACAACGAUCCCAAUACAACUGCAAUUCUCACUGUUUUUAAGCCACUUGACUUAAAGUGGCUGCUGGCACUGGUGACAGGUAGCAAAAUAGACACUAAUGGCUUUUGGAAGGAACCAGCCUUAAACUUGAUCUAUAAACCUUAUCAAAUCAGAAUAUUAGAUCCUUUCAUUAUCAGAACAGCAGCAUAUGAACUGCUUCAUUUUCCAAAAGUGUUUCCCAAAAAUCAGAAACCCAAACACCCAACAACGGGACUUAUUGCCAUCACAUUGGCAUUCCACAUAUGUCAUGAAGUUCACCUAGCUGGUUUUAAAUACAACUUCUCUGACCUCAAAAGUCCUUUGCACUACUAUGGGAAUGCCACCAUGUCUUUGAUGAAUAAGAGUGCCUACCACAAUGUGACUGCAGAGCAGCUCUUUUUGAAGGACAUUAUAGAAAAAAACUUUGUGAUCAACUUGACUCAAGAUUGACCCUACGGACCCAGAAGAUGAUGCUAACAGUAUUAGUUUUAUUUUUAUACUGCGAUUUUUAGUUUAUUUUUAAAUAUGUUGAAUGCACUUGUCAAUUAUGUGUAUCAAGUCAUGCUGCCUGGUGAUUCAUAACCACCAGCUUAAUUUCUGUGAAUAUAUUUAUGAAAACCAAGAAAUAUUUAGUUAAGGUAUCAGGGAACUGAGUUUUGACUGCAAUGAGUUUUUAAAAUAAGCUAGUUUUCUUAGGUGUUUUUAAACAUCUUUUUAAAUAGUUAAUUUGUUAUAGACUUUUGAAGGGAUCUGACCUCCUAGUGCAUAAGGAGACUUAGUGAACCUCAACAGUUUUGAUUGUGACUCUGUGAGAUGCACGUUGGCUAUCGUAAACCUGAGGAACUGACAUGUGAUUGUGCCUUGAUGUGGCAAAAGGGACCCACUCAAUCAUCAAAGUCUUAAGUUCAUAGUGGUCGAAUGAAGCCCACCUCCCUUUACAAUUAAAUCAUGAUUGUAAUAAUUCGGUAGAAUGAAUAUGGCUUAAAGCCAAAGGAAACAGGCUAAACAUGACAUUCUGCAUGAGUAAAUAAUGACUAAAGAAUCUGAUUACCAAAA